CAAUGCCAACACCCUGCCAUUGUUGAGAGCCUGGGAUCCUUUCCCUUCCCCCUCCCCUGCCCUCCCCUACACCUUCCACAAAGCCCAUUGCCCAAAUCGCCGGGCAUGAUGCAUCGCGGGUAGCCAUCCAGCCACUCAGCCAUACCUAGGUACUUGACCCAAUCACCCAGGGUACGAAGGUACAAGUACUCACUAAAUUUAUUCUACUUGUAGGCUGUAGAAGUGGUACUUCGCAGAUGUUCUCCGUACCAAGGAUCCUUGUAAAGACGUUCCCUCCCCUGUCCCUGCGGCCCUGUUGCCCAGGUGCAGGUGCAGGUGCUGAGAAAGGGUCUGAGGUCUGAGAGCAUGGUCCGUAUAUUAUUGAGAGCUUCCUGCUCUGCAAAACCCUUCUCCGACUACUGUUCCCCUCUUCGACAUACUCACUUCACCAUCUCCCUCUCCAAACUUCACCCUCCGCUAAACUCUCUGCUAUUGCUCUGGCGCCCUCCAUCGCAUCGCCAAUUCUUGUGUUGCGCUCUCCAUCCCAUGAGCCUUUUCACCCCUCCAACUCUUCGAACCCUUUUGCAAAAAGUGCCUAGAUAGUCUCCAUCGCCAUCGCUCGACAACCUCCCCCAACCUUCGACCAGCCUCUAGGGGUUUCGUCCUGCCAACUCCCUCGAACGAUUUCACAAACUCAUCCAGUAUCAUGUCGGAAAAACCUUCUGUUUUAAUUGUGGGUGGUCUGGGUUAUAUGGGCCGCUGGUUGGCCUUGCAUAUCCACAAAAAUGAUUUGGCGUCCGAAGUACGCAUUGUCGACAAGGUAAGCCACACGGUAGCACAAGUUCUGCCUUGGUGACGGCCACUAACCUUGGGUGCAGCUAUUGCCGGAACUGGCUUGGUUGGCUCCAGAAUUCAAAGAGGCAUGUUCAAGAGACAAGUUCAUGCAGGCCGAUGCGAGUAGAGAAGGUAAUUAAUGACACUUCCGGCUUUUUUGGCUAUGGCACCUUUCAAGAUACAUCACCUAACAUAAAUCCCCUCAGAAUCCUUACCCCGAAUAUUCGGCCGCGCAAACGGAAAGGAAUGGGACUAUGUCUUCAACUGCGGCGGAGAGACACGGAAUUCACAAGAUGAUGAGGUCUACAAGUUACGCUCGCUUGCUUUAAGUGUGGCACUGGGAAAAGAGGCUGCAAAACGAAAAGUCAAAGUUUUUGUUGAGCUGAGUACCGGCAUGAUCUACAAGCCCGAUUCACACCCUAGUAAAGAGGGGGAUAAACUGAAACCAUGGAGCAAGAUUGCGGUUUUCAAGCUGCAGGCCGAAGAGGCCCUGUCGAAAAUCGAGGGGUAUGAUCAUUCUUACCAUUCCACGCUUCAUAAUUCCCAACUAAUACGUCUAGGCUCAAUCUCGUCAUCGUCAGAUUCUCCCAUGUUUAUGGCGAGUAUGAUUCCCAAUUAAUCGGAACAGCCUUGGCCAUGGCGCGUGUAUAUCAAUACCUGGACGAAGAGAUGAAGUGGCUCUGGACCAAGGAUUUACGACAGAACACGGUUCACAUCACCGAUGCCGUUCGCGCGCUAUUCGAUGUUGCAGAUUGGUACGCAGUCAAGUCAAAGCCCAACUGGGAUGAAAGUACGAUGGGCAAAAUCCCCAUCUUUAAUGUCGUUGAUCAUGGACAAACGAACCAAGGUACCAUGGCCGAAAUGGUCGCCCAAAUCUUCAAAAUCAAGACGGGCUUUCAAGGCCACCUGAUCAGUACAUUUGCGCGUUUGAAUAUGGAUAGCGUCGUGGAUGAUGUCAAUGAUGACAUCUUAGGGCCUUGGGCAGAGUUACUUGAAGAUGCUGGCAUCACUCGACCUGGACCUUUGACACCCUUCAUGGAGAAAGAAUUACUGAAAGACACAGAUCUCAGUAUGGACGGGAGCAGGUUUGAAAAGGUGGUUGGUUUCACAUACGACAAGCCUCAGAUGAAUGUAGAGCUGGUUCGGAGUAUGAUUGACAGUUACAUAAGAAUUGGUUGGUGGCCGGUGAACAAGGCUGUAGCCAAAUGAAUAGGCUCAUCAGUUUUUGGGAUACACGAUAAAACGAAACCACGAGGCGGGAGAAGAAUGAAGGAUGCCGCGGGGGAAGAGAAGGACCAACCUCUAAUCCCAAAAAAAAACGACUUACGAUGACGAGUUAACGGACGCGAUCAGAUUGCAAUCUUUUUGACCCUCCAAGAAUCCACAUCACAAAUUACUUUCAUAUGUUCAUUUGCAUGGCGGAAAAGGGAUUAUUUUUGGGGUUUUGUUUAACGGCUGUACCGGGG